AAAGAACAAAAGAAGACACCAAUUAAAAUAAAAAAUAAAACAGAAUAAAAUAUAAAAAAAAUAAUGGCGACAAUGGCAGAGACGACAUGUCGCAUGCUCCUCCUUUCCAUCCCGGUGCUCUUCCUCCUUCUAUCCAACGUCGGCACCGUCGCCGGCGACGGCUUCUUGGACGAGAUCAACACGGAGUCGCUGUCGUCGCUCUUCUCCAGCGGCAACCUCGACGACGCCAAGAAGGCCAUGUCCGCUGCUUCCCCGGACGUGAAGGGAGCCGUCGCGCAAUUCGCCGGCGGAGACAGCGCGGCGUCUUCUCCCGAGUUGGCUCAGGCUUAUAAGGACGCGGAGGAGGAGAAAGACGGAGCAUCGUGGAAGAGUUGGCUCAAGGGUAAAAUGAGCGGCAUGGGCUACGCGCCGGCGGGGGCACCGGCAGGCUCGCCGUUCGGGGCACCGGCAGGCUCGCCGGAAGGAGUACCAGUAUCGGCAAUGGGAUCAUCAUCGUCCAUAUCUUUGUCGCCUUCCGCGGAAGAUCAUGAAGCACCGGCCCCCGCGCCGUCGGCAUAGAGAUGAGAUGAUACACGGUCGAAAAUAUAUAUAAGGACGAUGUAAAAUUUAGUUUCGCCGUCGGAAUCAUCAACCAAUUGUUACGCAACGAAACAAAAAAGCCAUUGAAUCGUGUGGAGUAUGGAUAUGGUUUUCAUUUGUAGCUUGAAUUCGAAAAUUAACUUUUGUUGUAAUUAUGGAUUGCAUUGGUCUACAUACAUAUGCCCUUUACGUUAUAUAUUUUGUGCCUUGAUAGCUCCGGUUUGUUGAAUAUAUAUGCUUAGAGAUAAACUAAUCUAAGGAAUGAAUCAAUAAAAGAUUCAUAUUCUCUAACAAAUCAUACAUAUGAAUCAAUUUGUAUGAAUCAACAAAAACUCAUAUUCC